CAUUUUUAUCAUUUAGAUCAUUUAUAACAUUCUAAUUACACCGUAACGGGAUGCUGCAAUGAGAGUUUGUCACAAAACAAGGACUGGAUUUUGUAGUGGAGGAGGGAUACAAUCAUGCAGCGGUGCUGCGAGGUUCUGCGGUCUUCACACUGAGAGGCACUAGAGCCAAGAAACGCCGCUGUUUCUCAGUUGGGACUCCAGAUCAAAGCCCACACUCUGUCACGGACUGUCGCUUGACCGAUCACGGCCGUUGAUGCACGUGCAACGCGGACGAUCCGCUCCUUUCCGCGGCAGCCGGAUCUUCUUCCUCUCCUGGCAGCAUAUGCGCGUAGCGCUACGCUCCAACCGACCUUGACUGUGUCCUCGGAUUAAUUCUCACUCGUGAUUGGUCAGCUCCGCGGAGCCGCAUCGUGUUUGUGGGCGGUGAUUGGCGCAGGCGGCUAUCACUCGCAGAGGCCCCGCCCCCCGCCGUGUCUGGUUGGAUCCGCUCCGCAGCCUUUCUCUCGGCGGUGGGUCGGAGCCGCUGUCCCUGGCCUCCCAUGUUCCCCUCGGCAUUUCUGUUUGAUUUUAUGCCCCUCUGCUAGAUUCAUCCCGUUCCCCGCCUCUGAAGCGACGCAGGCCGUGCUCUGGUGUUUUUUUUAAGCCCCCACAUUUCCCGCUCUCGACCCCCGAUCAUGGCUGUGGUGAGCGGAUCGACCGGGCCGGUUGCCCGGCUGGAGGGCCGUGAAUUCGAAUACAUGAUGAAGAAGCGCUCGGUGACCAUCGGCCGGAACUCCUCCCAGGGCUCCGUGGACGUGAGCAUGGGCCACUCCAGCUUCAUCUCGAGGAGGCAUCUGGAGAUCUUCACCACCAGCGAUGACGGCUCGGCCAGCGGCGACUUCUACCUGCGGUGUCUCGGUAAAAACGGUGUGUUUGUGGACGGCGUGUUCCUGAGACGGGGCGCCCCUCCUCUGCAGCUCCCAAGGAUGUGCACGUUCCGGUUCCCCAGCACCAACAUCAAAAUCACCUUCACGGCGCUGUCCACCGGGAAGAAGGUGAAGCGGGAGAUGCCCGAGUCGCCGGUGAAGGCGGUGCAGCCCCAGAUCUCCCCCCUGACCAUCAACAUUCCAGACAACAUCUCCCAUCUAAUGAGCCCCCUGCCCUCCCCCACGGGCACCAUCAGCGCCGCUAACUCCUGCCCCUCCAGCCCGCGGGGCGCCGGCUCCUCAGGCUACAGGAUGGGCGGCCGCAUGGUCAGCUCUGCAGAGCUGCAGCUGAUUAACGACAACUCCCAGCCCGAAAACGACAAGGAGGCGUCGGGGGGCGACAGUCCCAAGGACGACUCCAAACCUCCUUACUCCUAUGCACAGCUGAUCGUUCAGGCCAUAACUUUGGCUCCAGACAAACAGCUCACACUAAACGGAAUCUACAAUCACAUCACCAAGAACUACCCGUACUACAGGACCGCCGACAAGGGCUGGCAGAACUCGAUCCGCCACAACCUCUCCUUGAACCGGUACUUCAUCAAAGUGGCGCGGUCGCAGGAGGAGCCGGGGAAGGGCUCCUUCUGGAGGAUAGAUCCGUCGUCUGAGGCGAAGCUCAUCGACCAGGCCUUUAGGAAACGAAGGCCGCGGGGCGUGCCCUGCUUCAGGACGCCGCACGGGCCGCUCUCCUCCAGGAGCGCACCGGCUUCUCCCAACCACUCGGGGGUGCUGUCCGCUCACUCCAGCGGCGUCCAGACCCCCGACAGUCUGUCCCGAGAGGGCUCCCCGGUCCCCCUAGAGACGGAGACGCCCGCUGCCCCCACCCCGGUCUCCACCACGACCAUCCAGCCCAAGCUGGCGGUGAUCCAGGAAGCACGCUUUGCACAGAACACAGCAGGCUCGCCUGUGAACAGCCAGCCCGUACUCAUCGCGGUCCAGCGCCAGUUACCUCAAACCAUCAAGCCUGUGACCUACACCAUGGCUUCCCCGGUCAGCUCCAGCACCCCCCAGCCCGCCGUCCAGACGGUCCACGUCCUGCAGCAGAUCCCUGCGGGAUCCCUCAGCCCCGCCAUCAUCGCCCAGCCAGCCGCCAUCAUCAGGACCGACCCGCAGGAGAACGGCGAGCACAGCGAGGUCAAAGUCAAAGUGGAGGCGGUCCCUGCGGUUGGCUCUAUAGGCGCCACCAAUCGCAUCAUUCAGAGCUCGGCGCCAACCCUGCAGACUGUUACCAUCGUGCAGCAGGCCCCCCUGGGGCAACACCAGCUGCCCAUCAAGACCAUCACACAGAACGGCACCCACAGCAUCACCACUGCCCUGCAGGCGCCUGCCAGCUCAGCCCCAGCUGCAGCCAGCCCCCUUCACCUUUUGGCGGCCCACGCCUCCAUCUCCGCCUCCCUCCCCACCAAACGCCAGAACGGAGACCAGCAGGCGAGCGAACAGCCGGACGCCAAGCGAGCAAAAGCGGAGGGCGAGUCGGCGCCGGCCCCACCCGCCAACUCGGACUCGCCUGCGAACAACAAUCAGCCCAACUAGUCCGGUUCACCACAGACCACGAGAGCCUCACUCCCCCCUUCCUCCUCCUCCUCCUCAUUUGUUCAGUUUCUCCUCUCUCACCAUUGUGGUGCCAAACGGGGACGAUCCUCUUCAUUUCAGUUCGGGUUCUCCACUUCAAACGCUCAAACACGCCCACAAUUCCUGAACUGGGUUGGAAAAUCGGGCCAAAGAUGACCUGCAAGGUGCGUGUGAGGAGGGGGGGGGGGGGCGAUCGCCGCAGGCAACGCCGGAGAGCUGACCUCUGACCCCCAGCUCAGCUUGGACUCCACCUUCAUGUCACAUCUACCUCACAGCAGGUGGGAGACCCCGGCAGCCAGCAACCCCCCCCCCGGACCCGUUUGGACGGCUCUGGGUGAUCGCGGUUCAACGACAGGCUUCAAAUUUCCCAAAAGGGAUCAAGUUGGAGCCUAAAUCCCCGCCCCCCUGAAAAAAACCUGGCAGCUCACGAAACUGACCUUCCUUAUUUACAGCUGUUGGUAGAUGAUGCAGUAUUUUGCUGUUGGACACGUGGAGCAUAGGAGUUUUUUUAUGUACUUUCACUUAUCUAGUAAAGUAAUAAUUUAAAUACAGGAAGUGUUGCAGAUGUUGAGGUUGGUGACAUUUCAGUAACUACGGUAGAAAAAACCCUCUUAUGUGAACUUCUCUUUCCAUUGGGUGAAACUGUGUGAUCAUUCUUGGUUAACUCUGCCCCCCCACCGCCCAUAUCCAUAUGAAACGACGUCCUAAUACCUACAUAUUUUAAUACCUGCACAGAUAUAAGCAGAUCUCCAUGUGUAGUUGCAGAUGUUGCAUGUGUCCGAUUACGGAGAAAAACUUAAGCUGAACAGAGAAAAAAAAAAAAAGUCCACACCAGACCUGCACUUGAUUUGUGUUUUUUAUUUUUAUUUCCAGCUCCUCUUCUUUUCUCCUCCUCCUCCUCCUCCUCAUGGUCCCUCCAGGCUGUGUUGAUGUUGUGGUGUUUUGGCAGAGCCCCCCGCCCUCCCCCCCAACCCUCCCCCUCCCCCCCCCUCACAUUCACUUAUUUGCUUGAUUAUUUUUGCUCUGUUCUGGCGACCAGGCGAGUCUGUUCUUCUGAUUGUACACGUUCCAAACAAUAUUAAGAAAAACUAUUGAUGUUUGUUCUGCUUCAGUGGAGAAAUGCUUUGUUUUUUUAAUAAAUUAAUUUAAAGUCG